GUAGCUCUGAAGGCCUUCGAAAGCGAGCUCGGAGUGCAGGAUCCUGUGGGUUUCUGGGAUCCAGUCGGCUUCACCUCCGACGGAGAUGUGGCAGCCUUUAAGAGGCGUCGCUCCGUCGAGCUGAAGCAUGGGCGAAUCUCGAUGAUGGCCGCGAUGGGCUACAUCACCCCAGAAGUCACCGGCAAGCUGCCUGGCUUCUUGUCGCCCUCCGCGGGCUUGAAGUUUGCAGACAUCCCGAACGGCCUUGCGGCUGUCGCCAAAGUACCCGUGGCAGGCUGGGCACAGAUUGCCGCGUACUUUGGCUUCGUGGAGUUCAGCGGCGGCUUCGACGAUUACAAGAGUGGCACGCCGGGCGACUACGGCUUCAAGGUGCUGACAUCUUCGGAUCCUGCUGAGAAGACGAAAAAGCUGUCUGCCGAGCUGGCAAACGGCCGCCUGGCGAUGAUGGCGAUCAUCGGUAUGUUCUUCCAGGAUGGUCUGACCGGAAGCGCCUGGGGUGACUGGGCCAACUACACCGCAUCGCCUUUGCGUGCAUUCGAGAACGAGCUCGGCGUGCAGGACCCC